CAUCCGCUCUUUGUUUUUUGUGCAACUGAAAGCAAUCGAGGAGCAAAUUUUGCGUCUUAGUGUAUUACAGACCGCUGUUUAGAAACGAUGGCUUCCUUUGGUGUGCGCGGCAUGAGCCAGCCACUUGGCAUUAAGAUCUGCUGCUGUCGCGUCUUCACUUGUAUCAAUUUUGACUUUGUGCUCUCCCGGUUGGGACUCAUGAAACUCAUGCAGCUAGGUCUGGCCAUUUUGUGCGAGGGCCUGCUUAUCAAAUAUGGUGUGCCAUACGCUGACUCCAUUGGCCCGGCGCUGACCAGUUUCUUGGUAACAACUGGACAUUGCUUCACCACAACAGUCCUACUGCUAAUAAGCUACUGCUUCUCGGAUAAAUCUUAUGGUCUCAUUCGACAGUCACUAUUUGAGACGCUGUUCAAUGCGAUGGCGAGCUGCAUGUACUUCAGUUCAGCCAGCUAUAUGGGAUUUGCCUGCGUCGUCUGGUUGCAUCCUCAGUUUCUGGUUCGUCCUGGAUUCUGGGCAUAUCCAGCUAUGACAGCCACUUACUACAUGGGUUAUGCGGCAGGACUUCUACAUGCCAUCGACGCCUUUGUCGCCUUUAAGCAUUUUCGUGGCCAUCGCUAGACAUUCGUUAUGAACAUGGAUAUGUAAGCCUAGUAUUAAAUAUUUUUUAAUUGUAGUAAAAAAUUACGCGAUUGGAUUUUGGUUAACUUAC